AUGAAUGAGUUUUCAAAUGGAACCCAGACUCUAAUCAAUUUGUUCACCAAGAACACAUCUCUGCUCUAUCGAUUGGUGCAAAGGCUCGACGCUACCAACCUUCGCCAUACUUAUUAUCUGGUAACGCCGAAUGAGACGAUGUUUGCCACAGUCGAUGAGGUUCCGAAUUAUAACGUUCAGGUGAAACCAUUCUCAGACAUACAUCUCUACUGA